AUGAUCAAGGCUCAGGACUUACUGUCACUGACAUUUGACGACGUGGCUGUGAAAUUCUCCUGGGAGGAAUGGCAGCUCCUGGUCCCUGCUCAGAAGGACCUGUACUGGGACGUGAUGGUGGAGAACUAUAGGAACCUGGUGUCUGUGGGGUAUCAAGUUACCAAACCUGAUGCGCUGUCCAGGAUGGAACAGGGAGACCUGCCCUGGCCUAUGUUAGAUGAAGUCGACAGUCGCAUCUUUUCAGAAAUUUGGAAAGUUCAUGAUCAUCUGUCUGGGCAGCAGCAAAAUGAAAGCGGGGUGAACAGAUUGGAACAAUGGCAUGAACAUCACACAUGGGAGAAUAUUUUUUAUCAGCCUAAGAGUAAUUUUCUUUUAAGACAGAAUCAUAAUAUGUUUGACCUCCAUGAAAAACUUGUGAAAUCAAAUUUAACUUUAAAUAACCAGAGCAGAAGCUAUGAAGUAAAGAACUCUGCUGAGAUUAAUGGAAAUGAGAAAAACUCUCUCCAUGGUAACUGUGAGCAAUUUCACACUGAAAUAAAAAUCCUCGAGAAUGGAAAAUCCAGCAGUAUUAAGUCUCAACUCAUUAAGUAUCACAAUACUCACAAAAUGGAAAAACUGCAUGUAUGUAGUGAAUGUGGGAAAGCCUUCACCAGGAAAUCUUGGCUCAUUAAUCAUCAGCGAAUUCAUACUGGAGAAAAACACUACGUGUGCAUCGAAUGUGGAAAAGGCUUCAUAAAGAAGGGAGAUUUCAUCAUUCAUCAGCGAACUCAUACUGGAGAGAAACCCUAUGUGUGUGGUGAAUGCGGCAAAGGCUUCAGCCAGAAGGGAAAUCUAAUUAUUCAUCAGCGAAUUCAUAGUGGAGAGAAACCCUAUAUGUGUACUGAAUGUGGAAAAGGCUUCAUACAGAAGGGAGAUUUCAUCAUUCAUCAGCGAACUCAUACUGGAGAGAAACCCUACACAUGUGGUGAAUGUGGAAAAGGCUUCAUCCGGAAGCAAUAUCUCACAGUCCAUCAGCGAAAUCAUAAUGGAGAGAAACCCUAUGUAUGCACUGAAUGUGGAAAGUGCUUCGUACGAAAGAGAGAUUUUAUCAUUCAUCAACGAACUCACACUGGAGAGAAACCCUACACAUGUGAUGAAUGUGGAAAAGGCUUCAUCCGGAAGGGACAUCUCAUUAUCCAUCAGCAAAUUCAUAGUGGAGAGAAGCCCUACAUAUGCAGUGAAUGUGGGAAAGGCUUCAUCCGGAAAGGAAAUCUCACCACACAUAAGCGAAUUCAUACUGGAGAGAAACGUUAUGUAUGUGAUGAAUGUGGCAAAGGCUUCACCCAGAAAGGAAAUCUCAUUAUUCAUCAGAGAAUUCAUAGUGGAGAGAAACCCUACACAUGCAGUGAAUGUGGAAAAGGCUUCAACCAGAAGGGAAGUCUCGUUACUCAUCAGCUAACUCACACUGGAGAGAAACCAUAUGUAUGUGGUGAAUGCAAUAAAGGCUUCAGAAAAAACAGCUGUGGCUACUGUCACGGAAAACCUUUGCCCUUUGCCCUUUGUCUUCCGUACGGCGGGCAUUCCAAUAUGGCCGCCUCCAGGAGACGCGGGGGUGAAGGAGGUGAUUACGACGACUGCGCCGUCUGGUUCGAGUUCGUGGUGUCAUAUUCCGCGCAGUGA